ACCUGCCCGUCCCGUCAUCCUCCGCGCCAAGAUGUCGGCGGCGAUCGCCGCGCUCGCCUCCUACGGCGGCUCCGACUCGGAGCCGGACUCGGAGCCCGAGGCCGAGGGCGGCUCCCAGAGCUCUGCCGCCGUGCUCCCUAGCCGCGACGCCGUGCUGCACCUCCGCCCGCCGCCCGCCGCGCCCCCGGCACUGCCCGUCGAUGCGGCCCCGGAAGUAGCAGUGAAGGAAGAUGUGGAAACAGGAGUCCACCUUGAUCCUGCUAUCAAGGAAGUUCAGUAUAAUCCCACUUAUGAAACUAUGUUUGCACCUGAGUUUGGACCAGAAAACCCAUUUCGGACCCAACAAAUGGCUGCACCUAGAAAUAUGCUAUCUGGAUAUGCAGAACCAGCUCACAUCAAUGAUUUCAUGUUUGAACAACAAAGAAGAACAUUUGCAACCUAUGGUUAUGCAUUAGAUCCCUCCAUAGAUAAUCCUGAAGUUGCUACCAAGUAUAUUGGUUCCGUAGAGGAAGCUGAAAAAAAUCAAGGUUUAACAGUGUUUGAAACAGGACAGAGGAAAAUUGAGAAAAGGAAGAAAUUCAAGGAGAAUGAUGCGUCUAAUAUUGAUGGUUUUCUGGGACCGUGGGCAAAGUAUGUUGAUGAAAAAGAAGUAGCCAAACCAUCAGAAGAAGAGCAGAAGGAGUUGGAUGAAAUAACAGCUAAGAGGCAGAAGAGAGGAAAACUAGAAGAUGAUAAACCUGGAGAGGAGAAGACUAUAUUACAUGUUAAGGAAAUGUAUGACUAUCAGGGGAGAUCUUAUCUUCAUGUCCCUCAAGAUGUUGGAGUUAAUCUUCGUUCUACAGUGCCACCUGAGAAGUGCUAUCUUCCAAAGAAACAAAUCCAUGUGUGGUCUGGACAUACAAAGGGUGUCAGUGCAGUUAGAUUGUUUCCUCUGUCUGGGCAUAUACUGUUGUCUUGCUCUAUGGAUUGCAAAAUUAAGUUAUGGGAAGUAUAUGGCGAUCGAAGAUGUCUACGAACAUUUAUUGGACACAGUAAAGCUGUUCGAGACAUCUGUUUUAAUAAUGCAGGCACUCAGUUUCUUAGUGCUGCGUAUGACCGCUAUCUUAAACUCUGGGACACCGAGACAGGGCAGUGUAUUUCAAGAUUCACGAACAGGAAGGUUCCUUAUUGUGUCAAAUUCAAUCCUGACGAAGAUAAACAAAAUCUCUUUGUUGCAGGAAUGUCAGAUAAGAAAAUUGUGCAGUGGGAUAUUCGAAGUGGUGAGAUUGUGCAGGAAUACGAUAGGCAUUUGGGAGCUGUCAACACCAUUGUGUUUGUGGAUGAAAAUAGAAGGUUUGUGAGCACAUCCGACGACAAGAGUUUAAGAGUCUGGGAAUGGGACAUUCCUGUAGACUUCAAGUACAUUGCUGAACCAAGCAUGCAUUCCAUGCCAGCUGUGACUUUGUCUCCAAAUGGGAAGUGGUUGGCUUGCCAGUCAAUGGAUAACCAAAUUCUGAUUUUUGGAGCUCAGAACAGAUUCAGAUUAAACAAAAAGAAAAUUUUCAAAGGUCACAUGGUAGCUGGCUACGCCUGUCAAGUGGAUUUUUCACCUGAUAUGAGCUAUGUGAUAUCUGGAGAUGCAGAUGGAAAACUAAACAUCUGGGACUGGAAGACAACAAAACUCUACAGCAGAUUAAAAGCACAUGAUAAAGUCUGUAUUGGUGCAGUGUGGCAUCCACAUGAAACAUCUAAAGUCAUUACGUGCGGCUGGGAUGGUCUCAUUAAACUAUGGGACUAAAGAGGAGACUACAGAGACCUUAAGAUGCAAGUCCUGCACACAUCUGAGAUUAGAGUGAAUUCUGCUGUAAGGGUGGGUAGAUGUGUGUAAUACUGCAGUUCUCAGCUCGCUGUAUAUAUGCACUAAAAUCCAAGAAAUCUUCAGAAGGGUCAACUGAAAGGAUAUAGUUCUAAAUAUGGCAUCUGGGUAUGAGGAGCUGAGGUCAUCUGAAGCAUGCAGAAUCACAUGUUAGUUUGUCCUGUCACUGCUUGUGAAAAACAUUCUUGUAAAAUAAAGUAAUUUUAAGAAAAACUA